GGGCCGUGCGGCAAGAUGGCGGCGCCCCUCCCCUGGCCCCCGCCCCUUCCCAUGCGGCGCUGCGGCAAGAUGGCGCUGGCCGGGGGGACGGCGCUGCUGCGGGCGGUGGUCGGCGGCCUGCGGGGCCCGGGGCGGCCGCUGUGGGCUCGGGACGCCCCCCAGCUCUGCAGCACCCAGGCAGCAGCUAAGGCCCCCCCGACACCCCCGUCCCCCUACCAGGAGAAGCCGUGGGCGUACCUGGAGAGUGAAGAGUACCGUGCGACCUACGGUGACAACCCCGUCUGGCAUGGCUACCGCCGCAACCACAAAGGUGCCAUCCCACCCCAGCGCACCCGCAAGACCUGCUUGCGCAAGGGGAAGCUGGUGGGAAACCCCUGCCCCAUCUGCCGCGAUCGCAACCUCCAUGUGGAUUUCCGGAAUGUGAAGCUCCUGGACCAGUUUAUCUGCCCCCACUCAGGCGUCAUCUUCCACCCCACAUACACAGGGGUCUGCAUGAGGCAGCACAAGCUCCUAUCCAAGGCCAUCACGCAGGCGCAGGAACACGGUCUCCUAUGGCUACAGGUGGCCUACGUGCCUGUCCCUCAGGAAGAUUUCUCCAACCGACACCCAGCUGUUGGCAAAACCCCGCCAGCACCCACCCUGGCCCCCGGACACCCUUGGUAUCCCUGGUACGAGUGGCAGCCUCCCCCUGCUGCCGACAUCGCCCGCAUGCGCCGCCUCUACAAGGAUUACUUGAAGGAAAAAGAAUCUCCACCGGCCGUGGGGACACCCAUGGAUACACCUCCAGCUCCCUGCGUGGAGCCCAGGGGGGAAUAAAGCGUUUACAA